AUGCACCUGGUCGCUCAUCCUCAUACCUUCUGCACUUUACUUCUGGGGCUGCUCUCCACAUUUGUGGAAAGUCAGCCCGCUGCUACCAAUCGUCACGAGCAUUGCCCUUGUCGCAACUAUCGUCUUCUUACUCCUGACAUCCUGUACAGACCCAGGCAUUCUACCUCGACGUGA